AUGUCGAAACGUCAGCAGAUAACUCCGCUCCCCCUGAAGCCGUACGACCCAGAGGAGAUCCGCAAAAGUCGGAAGCGUGCAGCCACCAAGUUUUCCAAGCGCCGCAAGACGUUCUUGCGCAGGGCGCAUGAUCUGUCGCAAGAUUGUCAAGCCAAGGUGUACACCUUCAUCGAAUACAAUCGCCGCACAUGGGUCUUUACGAGCGAGCCGGAUCAAGCGUCAUUUCCGCCUACAAAGGACGAGAUCCUUCGAAUCUACCCGCUUCCGGAGAUAUUCAUACCCAGCAUGUUCUCCACCUUGCCACAGGUUCACAACGACAAGCAUGACGUGGUAGAUUCCGCGUUGUCAGACGGGUUUGAUACUCAUGUCGCUGAUCAAUGAGCAUCAAGCAAUCGUAGGAAUUGCAGGCGAAUGCCGCCAAUCGUUCGACAGAGGCAGUUUGUAUGGCGGGCCGGGCAAUCGGGUGAGGACCAGACCGAUAAGUCCAUCGAAUUGCAGAACUGCGACGUCGGAGGCAUGCGACAAGAGGAACAAGAGAACUCGCACACAGCAAGGGACCCCCCCCCCCUCGUAUCUUGCCUCCUCAAAGGAUGCUGAGGUAUGACGUGCAGUCGAGGUCCACUGUCACCGCUGCCGACAACUAUGCGGGAGUCGGGUUGACUGGUCUUCCAUGGCGGGCACGGUGCUGGAGGAUCUGCCUUACCACUCGUUCAAGAUAUGCCAGGCUCUCUGUUCUUCUUUGAUCCCUGUUACUACGAGUUUUGAGUUGAAACCAGUGCCAUCGCAAAUGGGCUAUCGUCGGGGCCGCUCUGCAUGCUGGCUUCCGAUAUCCUUCAAAGGCUCGUAUUUAUCCGAUGGUUGUCGUUGGAACUUGGGAUUAUAGGAUGUGUUGGGUGCUUCACAGAGUAUACCUCAGUAAUAAAGAUCUCAAACCUGGGCCACGAGCUCUGUGGCACGUGAAUGACUCUUAC